UAACGAAACGUAACGGAAGCGCGCAAAAUUAAAAAAAAGAAUUUCAAUAAUUAUUGAUUUGUUUUGUUAUUUUCUUUUAAAAAUUUAAGAAAAAAAAUCAAUUAAUUAAAAAGAAAUAUUUUUAAUUAGCUAUAGAUGAAUACAAGAUUUUUAAAAAAAAUAUUAAUAUAUUUAUGAAAAAAAAAGAAAUAAUCGAAAUUUAAGCAACAAAAAAAAAAUUGUCAUUUCAAAUGGUGUAUGUUUAAGUAUUUAGCACAAAUUAUUUUUAAUAAUUCACAAGUGAAUGAGCAAAAAACCAACAAAAAAAAAAUCAACACAAACAAAAUUAUUUUCUUUUAACCAAAAAACACAAUUUUUCUAAAUUUCUUCAGAAACAUUUUUGCUAUGACAUUGAUUUUGUCAUUGGUUUGUUUAAUCCGCUAGAGAUUGGUGUAAAAAACAUAAAAUAUUAAAAGCAAAAAAAAUUAAUUAUGUAAAAACUGGAAAUCAUUAAUUUAAAAACUAAAUUAAAAGAAUAUUAAUAACAAAAAGUGUUUAAAUUAAUUAAAAAAACUUUUCAAACAAAAUAGUGCAUUUAUUUAUAAUUGGAUUAAAAAAAGGGAAAAAAUUUUUUAACAUUAACUAUUAGCAAUUUUGCUGUUGCCUACCACAACAUUAAAUAACUUUUAAAUUACAUUACUGUUUUUGUGUACAUUAAAUGUUAAGUGCUUUGGUUUUUAACAGACGGCUACUGUUGCUGUCAUUUUAAUCAUUUGACCAUUAGUGAUUUCUUUUUUUAAAUUAAAUUAUUUACUUUGCUGUUAUUUCUAUACAAAAACAACGUUAUACAGUUGCUACCCCUUUCCGUGUUAAUUUAGGAUUAUUAAAAUCUAUUUGCAAAUAAUGUCUAAGGAACAAGUUAAACUUGAUGCCACCAAACAGGUUACCAGCCCUGACGAUUGUGAAGAUCUCAGUCCAAUGCCACAAACACAUGCCCCACCAGUUAGACGACGUGGCGGCAUUUCAGCCGAACCCGUGACUGAAGAGGACGCAACCAGCUAUGUGAAAAAAGUCGUACCCAAAGAUUAUAAAACAAUGGCUGCUCUCUCGAAAGCCAUCGCCAAAAAUGUAUUAUUCUCACAUUUGGAUGAAAACGAACGUUCCGAUAUAUUCGAUGCCAUGUUCCCCGUAACACAUCUAAUGGGUGAAAAUAUAAUACAACAGGGCGAUGAGGGUGAUAAUUUCUAUGUCAUAGAUCAGGGUGAAGUUGAGGUAUUUGUCAAUUCCGAAAUGGUAACUACCAUUGGUGAGGGUGGCAGUUUUGGUGAAUUGGCUUUGAUUUAUGGUACCCCAAGAGCUGCUACAGUACGUGCCAAAACCGAUGUUAAAUUAUGGGGUAUUGAUCGUGACUCAUAUCGUCGAAUUUUGAUGGGUUCCACUAUUAGAAAACGUAAAAUGUAUGAGGAAUUCUUAUCGCGUGUUUCUAUAUUGGAGAGUCUGGACAAAUGGGAACGUUUGACGGUGGCUGACGCUUUGGAACUUGUUAAUUUCGAAGACGGCGAAACAAUUGUUAAACAGGGAGAACCUGGUGAUGAUUUCUAUAUCAUUGUUGAAGGCUGUGCUGUUGUUUUACAAAGACGUGCUGAGCAAGGCGAUGAACCUGCCGAAGUUGGCCGUUUAGGCACCAGUGACUACUUCGGUGAAAUUGCAUUGUUGCUAGAUCGUCCACGUGCUGCUACAGUUGUUGCCAGAGGUCCCUUGAAAUGUGUGAAGUUGGAUAGAGCGAGAUUUGAACGUGUUUUGGGACCCUGUGCGGAUAUUUUGAAACGCAACAUCACUCAAUACAACAGUUUUGUUUCAUUGUCUGUUUAAAUCCAGACAUUUGGAGAAAAACUCUAACACAAAGAAAAAACAUUAAGAAAAACACAAAUUAUUAUAAUUUUCUUUUUUUGUAAUUUUAUGGAAUAACUUUUAAAAGUUUUGAAUAAAACAAGCGAAAUUUAUUUGUAAAAUGAAAAGAAAACAAAUUAAGAAAACAACUUUGUAAAAUACACUGCUAAAAAUGAAACAUUUAUCUUGAAUGAAGAAAACUUUAAGAAAACCAAAUUUUGAAUUAUAAUUGAAAUCUAAUACAUUACACAUCUAUCUCUGUCAAAUAUAACAACAAAGAAGGAACAACAACUACUUUAAACUUAGAGAUAAACAAACAAUCCAAAUGAAAAAGGAAACAUAUUUUCAAACAAGACUCUAUAGAAAAAAUAACAACAAAAAAAAACAUAAAUGUUUAUACAGAAAUAUAAAAACAAAUGAAGAAAUUAAUUAAAAAAAAACUUAUAAAAUAACAACUUUUUCAUACAAUUAUAAAACAAAUAUAAAUAUAAUUUUAAACAAAACUAAUUAAAAAAAAAAAAUAUAUUUCAUUGUUUGAUGUAAAGCUGUAACAACUAUACAACAAUACAAAUUAAAAACUACAAUAAAUUGUAAGAAAAUAAAAAGAACUGUUGUUAAAACUGGAAAAAUGUAAACAUUUUGUAAGAAAUUGAUUGAUUGAAAGUUUAAAAAUAUUUUGAACCAACCUCCCAAACCAACACUAAACUAAAUAGAAAACAAACUUAAUAAUAUUGAAGAAAAUGUUUUGUAACAGAUACCACAACUACAACAUAGACUUUCUCUAAUUAAAAGAUUAUUCUGUUUGAAAAAUAACAAGAACUUCAUUUAAUAACAUACAAUUUAAAAUAACAAUUGUUUUAUUUUAUUUAUAUGGUUUUUUUCUUUAUAAAAAAACAUUUAAUAAAUCAAGACAGGAUUUGUAUGACUUUAGAGAAGGUUUAUUAAGUAAAUUUAAUUUCUUAUAUUUAUAUUAAUUAUUAUUUUAUUUCUUUUCUUUUUGUUAUUUAUAAACUUUUCUUUUUUAAUUUUUUUUGUUAAUUAGAAUAUAUUUUUGUUGUAUCAUAAACAUAAUUAUUCUAUUAAAUUAUUUUAUUUUGAAAAAAAAAAAGAAAUCUUAGUUAAUUUAAAUAAACAAUUUGAAAAAGUUAGCUUAAAUUUUGCUGGCAACUUAUACAUAAAUAAAUAUAAAAAAAAAUUACAAACCUACAUAAUUAUAUAAUAAA